AUGCGUCCGACAUUCAUGAUCAUUUGUCUAUUUGUGAUCUUUUCAUUACUUGGCGUAACAUUGACAGCAAGUGCCUAUUCAUUAUACAACAAUAAUGAUGGUGAUUUUGAUUGGAAUCAUUUUGAUAGUAUUGAUCAUGGUUUAAAUGCUCGUGGUGUAUCAAGAUUUUGGAAACGUGUUCCACAUCGAGCAUUUUGGAAACGUGGUUCCAAUUUAAUUCAUGAAAAUAAUAUUGAUAAACACGAUCCAAUGUUAGACAAUAACAAACAUUAG